CAAUUUUGCUCCCGAAUCGCAGACCCCCAAGUCCGUUCGACUUUUCACCGCUGACAUUUGUGUCAAUAUCGAUAAGUACAAAGUUUUUGAGACAACAAUGACUGUGCGCAGCUUUCAGGCGGGUAUAUUUUCAAAACAACGAUUCAAAUCAAGUCUGAGACGCUUAUAAACCACUCUGUUGGGCACCUCACGCCCCUUCUCUCUGAAGUUCCGUAAGUUCCUCUGCGAUAGAAAUCUUCGUAAUGGACCAUACUUAAACGAAGAUCCAUAAUAUCUAAUAUGCUGCUAGAGCUCACAUAAUGCCAUUCACAUCCUCUUGCUUUUAGCGAAACAUCGCCAGAAAAGGAUUGAUGACCUCCCGUCGGGAGCGCAUGGACCAGCCUCGAAAAACAAUAGCCCGCCACUGUACAAGGACAUCUUAUUAUCAACAACGGUUACCCUGCCUUGCUCUUAUAAACUCAUUUCAGGAGCGUAGACAGCCAAUUUUUUGUUGAUCUCCCCCACACCAAUGUCCAACUUACCUCCUCAAUCUCCUGGACCAGAGGACACUGGCAUCAUUAUCCGUGAUAUACCCUCAUAUCACGCAGUCCAUGCCGUUGAACUUUCCGAAGCUUCGGCUGACGUUCAGAAUAACCAACACCUGCCUGACACUAAGAGUACUCCUCUGCGACCCAUUAAAGGGUCGGCAGCCGAGGUUGAGUCGGCUAAGCCUCAUGCACAUGGUAACAAUCGUAGAGACGCCAAACGAAUCCGUUUGAAAGACACAGGCUGCACUCAAGGUGGUCAGCAAGCUUCGUCUAGUGAUCGUGUUCUCAGGAGUCGAAAGCGAGCUCUCGAUAAGGAUCAGGAUAAGGAUGCCGCCGGGUCGAAGAGAUCUUCAUCUAAAGUUAGCAAGAAUCAUAGAGCCAACAAACGUGCUCGUGUGCAGACGAGCAAGCAGAAGGAGAAGCAAACUGCUGUAGAAAAUUCGAAAGGAAGCGGGGGUCGGGAAGGUGACGAGCCCGAUCGCAAUGCCGACAUAGGCGGUAACGCUGGCAAGGAACUCUUGCUACCGGUUGAGCUCCAUGCCCUCAUCUUGGAGCAAUUGUGGGACAAUACCAAAGUUUACUGUCGUGACGUUCGGGCAUUGUGUGCCUCUGCUCUCACAUGCUCGCGAUGGAGACAAGCUGCUCGUCCCCAUAUCUUCCGUUCCUUAACUCUGAAAGAUCAUGCUCGACUCGACGAUCUCGCUGAUAUCAUGUCUGCCAAUCCCAAGGUGCGGGAAUGGAUUCGCAAAGUACGCCUCGUUGGAUCUUGGCCAUAUUUCGACGACCGCCAUUCAGGAAUCACGUUCGAACAGGUAAAGCAACAACAAAGGGGGCGAGACCUCUGGAUCUUCCAGUUUCCCUCUAUUGCCCUACCGAACAUCAAGGUUCUCGAGCUCUCCGAUUUUGCCUAUCUCUCUACAUGCCCCGACGACUGCCACGCAUUUGGACAAUGGCUUCACCGACUGGCCAGCUUGGAGUCAAUUGAAGUGCUAAACAUGUUCCAUUGUGCAAUGGAGCAGGAUAGCAUGUCGGCACUCAUUCGUGCCUUCCCUCGCCUGAUUGAUCUUACCCAAGGCCAAAGAUCCAUGUUUUUCUCGCAGGAUACCACAAUACUUGGUUAUGCGGAUCCGAUGUCAUUCCUUGGAGAGGAGCUAAUAGAGAUAGUGGUUCCACCCAUCCCAUCUGUUCUGUUGGGCACCGUCACCAUCGACCACCCUGUGACAGAAGACAUCGUAGCAUUUUUCGGAUUGGCCGGUGACACUGGGUUUCCGUUAUAUGACACUGCAUAUUCAGUGUUACCAGCGCACCAUAGUGCUUCGAGUGCGCCAGUGUACACCGCCAUCCAUCCGCCCGCCCAACUGCAGCACCUUCGCCUUGAUAAUAAUGACGGGCCCGAAGCCUUGGACUUCCGACUUCUGAUCUCUUCUGGCUCCGUCCUUCUUGCAGAUCUGUCUCGAACUCUCAAGUCGUUGUGCAUCGGUGUCUGCGUGGAGUUUCUUUCAGCCGCUGCUUUCGUAGCGGGUCUUGGUGAUGCUCCUGCAUUGGAAAGAUUGGAGUUACUUAUUGGGCAGGAGCCUCCAUUUUUUAUCAAAAAUUCGUUGGACAUAUCCAACCUCUCCAAGCUGAAGACCCUGGUCUUACGUUUCGUCGGCCUUAACGACGAUAUAAUCAAUGCGCUUCAUCGUAAACUCUCCCAGCUCAAUGCACAGCACUUGCAAGAACUCGUCUUCCGCUGUGACUUCCAGGGUGACGUCGGAAGCGUCGGAAAGAUUAGGGAUUACCUUGCAACUAAAGAGUUCGAGAAGUUGAAGGUAUUUCGCGUUGAAAUCGUGAAUCACCAAGUACCAUUUGCGGAACUACGGAAGGGAGUAGAGAAACUAUUUCCGAUCAUGGUUGAACGGGAUAUUCUACAAGUGAUAGAGUAUGAGUAAUCCCGCUGCUUUGCACAUCUGAAUGUAUUUAUAUUUAUUCUUACUCAAGUUUUCGUUUCUCCACCUGGACAAACCUUCGUCAGGCGAGAGCUGUUCGCCGUGUUCAGGAGUCAGCUUAGAUUCUCCGAAGAUAUUGAUAAGAUAAGAUG